AGUCGGGUCAAAUUUAAAUGCGAGCCUAUUUUUAGCGUACAUGGCUUCAGGAGGAGAUAAUAUCAUCAAACCAGAUAUCUUUCUAAAAGAUUUCUACUUAGCCAAUCUUGAUAAAAUUUGUAAAAAGUAUAAUCAUGAGUUUACCUCCUCCGACGUCGUGGACAUAGAUAGUUUAAGAAUUUGUGAAGAUAAUGGAUUUUUAACGAAUAGGACAGACCAUUGGAAAUUCGGAAAGAGGAUAACUUCAGUCUUACCAAGAUUGGGAAAUUUUAGUAUAGAUGAAGAUAUUUCAAAAAGAUCAUCUGGUGAGGAAACAAUUGGAAGUUCAACUUCGAGUGCAACCUCUGACGAAGAAUCUAUUGAUUCUAUUUGGGAAAGUUCAGAAGACGAUAGCAAAUCUGUAGAAAGUGAUAAUAUAUUCUCUCUAAAAGAUCUUACUUCUGAGGAUAAUGUAGAUGUUUUCACUAUGCAUCAAAAGAAAAUCAACAACUUAGAUCGAUAUUUUAAAAGCAUUGAGGAAUAUGUAUGCAAAAUAGAUGAAGAUUCAGACAUCAAUACAAACUUAGAAAAGGUCACAAUUAAAGACCAAGCAUUACAUGAUAAUAGCUCUUCAAGUUCAAAUGAUGAUUGGUCUUUAAAUUUAGAAAUAGCUUCAACAUUUUCUUUCUCUAGUAAAGAAACAAGCGAAGAGUCUGCUUAUAAAUCAAUGACCAGUAGUAUGCGUAGUCGGAAAAGAAAAUUAACAUUAAGAGAUAUUAAAACGGACAAUCUGGAUGAUUUUGUGUCAGUUAAGCAAUAUGAUAUUUUAAACAAAUACUUUAAUAGCGUUGAGAACUUUAUGGAUAUUGAGGAGCCGGCUGAGAAGCGUUUAUUUAAAGCAAAUUUUGAACCACGUCACUUACCUCCAUAGAUAUUGUUUUAUAGUUUCAAUUUUUUAUCAAAUAAUUAGUUUGUUGUUAUUUGUACCGUUUUCACCUGUACAGUAUUUAUUUUUGCAAUAGUGUCUAUAGACUAAAUAAAAGACUCCUGAUGAUUAUUUCUCUCACACUACGCUAUUUUUCUAUUUUCUUUUAGUCAUUUCUAUAAAUGCUCCACAAAAUGAAACAAUCAUGAAAUACCAUUAUUGUAAACUUAAUUAAGAAAAUAAACUAAAUAACGGAG